AUGUCUUCCACCAAAGUCGAGGCCACUCCGGCCGAUAACAAUGACCAAGUCCCAAAUUUUAACCUCCCGGAUCUGGUUACCUUCACGCCCCGAACCUACGGAGACUGGCGCGACGAGUUCCACAAGAAUGGCUGCGUCCUGAUUAAAAAUGUGAUCAGUCCCGAGCGCGCGCAGUACUACCGCGACAAGCAAAUCCAGUGGCUGAAGAACUUCGAGCUUGGAUUUGACGAGAAUGACGAGAGCACAUGGACUGCUGACCAUUUGCCCGUCAGCUUCAAGGGAGGCAUGUACUUUGCCUAUGGUUCGCCCCACGAGAAGAUGGCAUGGGAGGCACGCACCGAGCCUGCUGUUAUUCAAAUAUUUGAAAGCCUGUGGGAGACCAAGGAGCUCAUCAGCUCAUUUGACGGGAUGAACAUCUCGCUGCCUCGGCGCAAGGAUUUGGGCUGGAGUCCCUGGCCUCACUGUGAUCAGAACCCUGAUCGGAAAGGAAUGCAAGCUGUGCAAGGCCUCCUCAAUUACGCACCAAAUGGACCAAAAGAUGGCGGCCUCAUGCUGAUGAAAGGCUCCGCGAAGCUGUUCGAUGAGUUCUUUGCCCAUAAGCGCGAGUCGUACGACCACGAAGACGCCCCACCUCCAGAAAUGAAAUUCAUGGACCUGUUUCUAUUCAGCGAGAAAGACGUGAAGUGGUUUGAAGAGCGCGGCUGUGAGCUAAUCAAAGUCGACAUGGAACCGGGCGACUUCGUGCUGUGGGAUUCUCGGACAAUGCACUACGCGCGCCUGCCUGAGGGCGACCAGAUCCGCCAUGUUCAGUAUAUCUGCAUGACACCGCGGCGGUUUGCGACCCCUGAAGCAUUGGAGUUGAAGAAGCAGUGCUUUGAGAACUUCGUGGGGACUACCCACUGGCCGCACUGCAAUAUUCGCCCUACAAGUGAAAAGCCAAUGCGUAACGGGGAGGUGUGUCCUAAGGACCGUGCCGAGCCUUUUGAGAAACCAGAGUUGACAGAUACGGUGUUGAAACUGGCUGGUGUGAAGGCUUAUUAG